AUGGAAGAAUUAUUCAAGAAAAUAGUAAAUCCUAAUAAUCCUAAAAUAUUGGCAGUUGGGAAAAAUUAUGUGAAGCAUGUUCAGGAAAUGGGAGGAGAAGAGCCACCUAAAGAACCUAUCAUUUUUCAAAAACCAUUUACUUCAAUUAUUUUGGUUGAUAAGCCACAAGUAUUAAAGUUACCUCAACUUGGCCAUGAGAUACAUCAUGAAAUAGAACUUGGCUUCAUGAUUAGUAAAUAAGGGAAGAACAUUAAGAAAGAGGAUUGGUUAGAUUACGUAGGAGGAUAUUUCCUUGCUUUGGAUUUGACAGAUAGAGAACUACAGGCUCAUUUUAAAAAGUAAGGAUUUCCUUGGGACCUAUCUAAAGGACAAGAUCUCUUCUUUCCGAUUAGCAAUCUGAUUGGAAAGGAAAAGAUUGAAGAUCCUUAUAAUUUAACUUUAGAAUUGAGAAUUAAUGAUAAAAUUGUACAACAGGAUAAAACAAGUUCUAUGUAUUACAAGAUUGCUGAUUUAAUUUGUUAUAUUUCAUAAUUCAUGACUUUGAAUCCAGGUGAUUUGGUACUAACAGGAACUCCUCAUGGAGUUGGACCAUUAAAGUAAAAUGAUCAAUUAAAUGGAAUAAUAAAAUAAGAUGAUUCAAUAUUGGCUAGAAUAGAUUUGUAGAUUUAAUGA